AUGACUGUAAAGCUGGAGGACACAUGUGUUCAGGAAGAAACAGAAUCUGCUGGCACCAAGCUGGUAUCCAUAUGGCUCUGGCUGAAACAAGAACUUGCUGAGCGCAGCCAGACAAUUGGCGGGGUAGACAACAUGUGGAUACUUUUGACCGAUGCUACUGAAUUCAACCCGGUUUGUGCCGGUACGUUCACCUAUCGCGGAAAGCUUACAUUUGAGAUGGCCGAACAUGCAUCGAAUAUUCAAGCGAAGAAAUUUCCAAGGUAUAGACAAAGACUUACAUCUCUCGGCCGCAGGCUGCAUGGUGCACGUUUCGAGGAUGACCCUGACUUCGAUAUGCGCAAUCAUGUCGAGGUCGUGACGCUAUCUGAGCCUGCCGGGAAACGGGAGCUAGAGGAUCUUAUGGGGGAAUUCCUCGCCCGUGGUUGGGAUCUCAAACGACCUUUAUGGGAUAUGAUCUUGGUCGAAAAUUACCAUGACGAAGACGGAGCUGAAUCUGCCAUGAUUAUAAGAGGUCACCAUACUCUCGCAGAUGGUCAAGGUUUUGUCAUCAGCGAGCUCUACAUGAGCUCCUACCACGAUGAAUUGGUAGAACUGAUGACAAACGGCGCAAACCAGCUGCAUGCAGCGCGUCGCGGGCACCUGCGUCCUUCCAAGCUACAUCCUGCCUUGCGUUGCCUCGACCAGUUCACCAGCAACGUGGACGCUGCUCCCCUUCUCACGAUCUUCCUAGCUGCCCUUUUCUGGCUCAGCUUUGCCGUAUCUAUGGCAGUCUCGCUAUUUUGGAGCACCUACCAAACCGUGCACCAAGCCAUCCUCUUCCUCCUCACCUGCUGGCGUGUCGACAUGAUCACUGGAGAUCAACCUCGCCGUCGUACCCCCUUCCGAGAAUACUCGACGUCCCGUGUGUUCAGCAUCGACGACGUGAAGUUAUGCCAACAAGCAUUUUCGGGUCCACGACCUGGUAGUGCUGUCUCCGAAAGGGAGCGCGGCAAAUCAAAACACGUCACGCUGAAUGAUGUCUUGUGUUCCGUCAUGGCCGAUGUCCUCGGCAAGGAGAUCGCUGCAAAGCCCGUCCAGUCAGGGCGGUGGGGAUGGGUGAAACGACAGCUGAAGAAAAUUCUCCCGUCACCAGUUGGCAUCAUCAUACCCGUCAGCGUUCGGGAACCGGGGGACUGGUCCAUGCGCAACCUAGCCACAGCUUCAAUCACAUACCUAUAUCCAUUGCGCACGCUGUCUUCUGACAUAUCCACGAGGGAGCUCCACGCUCACAUACACGAGUGCCACAACGAGCUCGCUCUGCUCAAGCACAGUUCUGCGCCCAAAUUCUGGUAUCAUGUCCUCCAACUUACCGGCCAAGUGCCCUUUCCCGUGCGUAUCUUCCUUCAGUCGAAGUCGGUCAAGGGUCUGCGGCGGGUGUGGAGACGGCUUGUGACGAUUCCUGUCACUAGUAUGUUUCUGGAUACAUACGCUGCAGUGCUGACGAACGUCCCCGGUCCAGCGAAGAAUCGCGUCUCGAUGGAAGGCAUCGAGAUGAUCAGGUGGACGGCGCUUCCGCCCCAGGCGGGUAAAGGAACGUUGGGCAUUGGCAUCAUCUCCUAUGCUGGCGGCAUUUGCAUCUCCGUCGCGGCGGAUGCUGUCCCUUCAUCCCAAGGUGUCGCCAGGCGGAUCUGUAAGAGUUUCGAGGAACGCUUCGAGCUCUACGUGGAACGCGCGCGGCAAGUAGUAGAACAUCAAGACUGA